AUGAAUCAAGACCUCGCAAGCGUGCUGGAAACGCUCUCCUCCUUUAUUCCGCCGGAAUCAAGCCAGCCCCCAGCCAGCAUCAAUCGAAGCCAUGAAGCUUCGGAUCAACUGCAUUCCAAAGGUCAAGCUGAUGAUGACUAUGAUCCUUUGCACUUUUCACCUCUAGGUACAUUUAACGGGGCGGAUAUCUCAUCCUCACACCCUGCCCGACGAUACCACCAGUCGCCCAUACAACCUCCAAGCAGUCAGGACCGUGUGGAUUCGUUGCCGGAUCCUGCGACAAUCACAACAUGGCCGGCAGCGCUGAAAUAUGUUAUGAAAACCGUCGCUCAGAGCGAAGCUCUUCAGUCCAAGAUUCGGCGGUUGAUUAGGAGCCAACAGGACCAUGAAAAGAAGUGGUGGGAGGCGCGAGAGGCAUUGCUCGCAAAGCAGCGAAAUCGGGCAGAGAAAAAGCAGAAGCUUGAUGCAGUCUUGAAAUCAGUCGGCGGUGCAAUUACAACAGGGCCGGAGAUGACGACUCCAGAGGAAGAUGCGGCCGAAAUCCAAAUUUAUGAUAGAAAAGUAUACAACGCAAUGUCAGAUAUGUCCAAGGCGUUGGAUGCAGAGUUGCGAGGAUUGGGAAUUCCCUUUUUCGCUGUCAGACACAGUCUUGUCCGCCCUUCACCGGGAUUAGUAGGAGAAAAGGCUGGACAUGUGGAAUCUCCGAAAAGAGGAGAUGUUCUCUCGCUGGAAGAUUUGCGUGAUUUUCAGCAGCGAAUGUUUGAUCUUUUGGAAGAUCUAUGCAAGGAAUAG